AUGGACGCGGAAUGGGAGGGGAUCCUCUCUGACGAUGACGAGCAAGAGGAUGUGGAUGAUGAAGACGACGAAGACGAUGAUGCAACCGCGAUGCUCAGCGACGAAGAGCUUCUUGCGACGGACGCCAGCGAGGGCGGCCUGUUGGGCGACGAGGCGGAGGGGGAGGAGGACGAGCAGGAGGAGGAGGGUGUUGAGCGGGGCCGAGGGCGGAAGCCGCGCGUCUGGUACGACAGCUACAAGGCGCGCAUGAAGGCGGAGAAGGCGAAGGAGGCCGCCUGGCAGGAGAAGCGGAAGACGUUCUCCAAGGCGCACAACGACUACCUGGACGAGGCGCAGCGCAACAGGGAGAUCGCGGCCGCAAGGCGGGAGAAGUACACGAAGAAGUUCUACCGCGACAAGAAGAUCUACGACAUCGUCAAGGAGAGGGGCAGGAAGGCCGUCAGGGAGGCGACCUGGGCCACUAGGUGGCCGCGACAGGUCACUCGGAAGCUGGAGGACCUUCAAGAGGGCGAAUGGAUCAAGGGCAAGGUCCGCAACGUUGAGAGCUACGGGGCGUGGGUGGACGUCAACGCUGAGCGGGACGGCCUUCUGCACGUGAAGGACAUGGGAGAGACGUUCACGCCCUCCGCGGGGGAGGUGGUGGCCACGAAGGACAUCAUCCAAGCCAGGGUGAAGUUCGUCGACCCUGUCACCGGCAAGCUGGGCCUGUCCCUGGUGGAGGACGGGCCGCGAGAAGGGGACCUGCCGCUGCCCCCUCCCCGCCCGCCGAUAUCGGUGGCCGAUGUGUCGCGCGGCGCGGAGCUGUGGGGCUACGUAGAGCGCGUGACAAACAUGGGCGCGUACGUGAAUGUUGGGGCGGAGGUGCCCGGUUUCCUGCUCCUGAAGGAGAUACCCGGCAGGCCUAGGGGGCUGGGCGCGCCGCAGGUGCUCCGCAGGAACAAGCGUCUCCGCGUGUACGCCCGAGAGGUGGACCGCGAGGGGCUCCGCAUAAAGCUCACCUGCAAGCGGCCCCGGAGCCUGCCCCGCUGCGGCCCGGCCGCCGCCGCCCUGGCCAGCGACGCCGACGCGGAGGAGUUCGACUACGACGACACCGCGCGGGUCCGCUACUCCGAGGACGACGGCUGGGACAGGGACGACGAGUACGAAGACGACGAAGACGACGAAGACGACGAGAUGGAGGUGGAAGACGGAAUGGACGAGUUUGGUGAUGACGAUGGCGAGUUCGAUGACGACGAGGGAGAAGAGUGGUUCUACCCCGAGCGGGGGCAGGUUAUUCCGGCCCCCGAGGUUGACCUUGCCCCGCGGCAGUAGGGGCAGGCCGUAGGCGGCGGAUGCGGGCGUGUCGGCGAGAACUGGCAGGAGAGGUGUGGUUGGUGACGACUGCGGCAGCGGCGGCGGCGGCGGCGGUGGCGUUGGGAUGUGGUUUGUUGGGAGUGUUGGAGUCGGUACGAGAGACAUGUGUGAAGGAUGUCGGUCGUUUCAUGUCGUUUUGGCCGUUUUUGUCCCGUAAGUGGUUGUUCGUGCUUGGAGAGAGCGCCGCCAGAGAACUAGGGCUGUGUCACCUACAUGUGUGUUGACUGCAGCUAGAGCUUGUUGCCCUUUGAAAGGGGAGCUUGGAGAGGCGGUCUUUGACGAUGUUUGGUUGCCUGCUGAUCCGGAGACGCGCUGUUCUGUUGGGCGUUGUUCGUGCGCGGUAUCUUGGCCUUACGAAUUUGAAUUUUGUUCCGAUAGCCGACCGGCCGUUUGGGGUCCUGGGUGUGACAGGAACAAGAAACACGCAGAGGGUCAGGCGUCCCAUCAAAUGUCGUCACUUUUUGCCACAUUCCGUGUCGCUUCCGGCUCAAGUACCCUUGAACCAAACAGAAACAAUGAAGUAGCACAGC